AUGGCGGCGCAAUGUGCUCGUUCCGCGCUGCAGGCGGGGCGAUGUGCGCGUUCCGCGCUGCAGGCGGCGCAAUGUGCGCGUUCCGCGCUGCAGGCGGGGCGAUGUGCGCGUUCCGCGCUGCAGGCGGGGCGAUGUGCGCGUUCCGCGCUGCAGGCGGGGCGAUGUGCGCGUUCCGCGCUGCAGGCGGGGCGAUGUGCUCGUUCCGUGCUGCAGGCGGGGCGAUGUGCGCGUUCCGCGCUGCAGGCGGGGAGAUGUGCUUGUUCCGCGCUGCAGGCGGGGCAAUGUGCUUGUUCCGCGCUGCAGGCGGGGCGAUAUGCUCGUUCCGCGCUGCAGGCGGCGCGAUGUGCUCGUUCCGCGCUGCAGGCGGCGCAAUGUGCACGUUCCGCGCUGCAGGCGGGGCGAUGUGCGCGUUCCGCGCUGCAGGCGGCGCAAUGUGCUCGUUCCGCGCUGCAUGUGGCGCAAUGUGCGCGUUCCGCGCUGCAGGCGCGGCGUGUUGCUUCUUUCCUGAUUCCCGCCCUUUUCUGCCGGUUUCCCGCCUUGUACGAAGAACGUAUGACCGUGGCGCCGCCGCCCGCCUCUCAGCCAAUCACGGAUGGCCACGUGGCGGGGCAGGUGGGCAACGGCGCGGCGAGGAGAGAGGCACGAGGUGAGACCAUGACGAGGCGUCAUCACCUCCUGUACUCCCCUCUCCUCACCUCGUCCGUCCCCCCGUACUCAUCUCCUCUCGUCCUCUCUUCUCACCUCCCCUGUCCCCCGUACUCACCUCCUAAACGCGCUUGUUUUGUGCCCUCGUUAUGCCCUCCCCCCCUGACCUCCUUAAUCCCCCCUCGCCUCCUCUUCCCCCCCCCAAUCACCGCCUCUCUCACCCUCCACCCUCCCACCCCAGAGGUGGCUGAGGUCUGCCGGACUUGGCCUCGACCACUCAUCUCUGCUCCCCUGCGCUCACCUCUGCUCCCCUGCGCUCACCUCUGCUCCCCUGCGCUCACCUCUGCUCCCCUGCGCUCACCUCUGCUCCCCUGCGCUCACCUCUGCUCCCCUGCACUCACCUCUGCUCCCCUGCACUCACCUCUGCUCCCCUGCACUCACCUUUACUGUUCACCCACUUUUCACACCACCGUUUCCCCGUCCCCCACUGUUCACGCCAUUGUUUCCCCGUCCCCCACUGUUCACGCCAUUGUUUCCCCGUCCCCAAAUGUUCACACCACUGUUUCUCCGUCCCCCGUUGUUCACACCACGGUUUUUUCCCCACUGUUCACCCACCUUUUGUUCCCUCUGUUCCCUCUGUUCACCCCUCUGCCAUCCCCGCUUGCUCGCCAUGCUCCCCGCACUCACUUGCUAUGCUCCCUCCCCUCCCCCCACUCACUCAUUGCCCGAAACAUCCAGCCAGCACUCAUCUCUGCUCCCCUGCGCUCACCUCUGCUCCCCUGCGCUCACCUCUGCUCCCCUGCGCUCACCUCUGCUCCCCUGCGCUCACCUCUGCUCCCCUGCGCUCACCUCUGCUCCCCUGCGCUCACCUCUGCUCCCCUGCGCUCACCUCUGCUCCCCUGCACUCAUCUCUGCUCCCCUGCGCUCACCUCUGCUCCCCUGCGCUCACCUCUGCUCCCCUGCGCUCACCUCUGCUCCCCUGCGCUCACCUCUGCUCCCCUGCGCUCACCUCUGCUCCCCUGCGCUCACCUCUGCUCCCCUGCACUCACCUCUGCUCCCCUGCACUCACCUCUGCUCCCCUGCACUCACCUCUGCUCCCCUGCACUCACCUUUACUGUUCACCCACUUUUCACACCACCGUUUCCCCGUCCCCCACUGUUCAUGCCAUUGUUUCCCCGUCCCCCACUGUUCACGCCAUUGUUUCCCCGUCCCGAAAUCCAGCCAGGUGAGAAGCUGCCACUCCUCACUCGUGGCAUCUCUCCCCCCCCCCCCCUCCCUUGCCGUCCCUCCUCCACAUGCUUUCACUCUCUGCACGUGUGGGAGCGUGAGGUGGAGCACGUGUCCGGAGGAGAGCUGCAGCGCUUUGCCAUUGGAGUGGUGGGGGUGCAGCUGGGAGACAGACAUCUACAUGUGUGGGAGCGUGAGGUGGAGCAUCUGUCAGGAGGCGAGCUGCAGCGGUUUGCCAUUGGAGUGGUGGCGGGGCAGCUGGGAGACAUCUACAUGUUUGAUGAGCCUUCCAGCUACCUGGACGUGCGGCAGCGAUUGAAGGCAGCGCAGGUCAUCCGCUCGCUGCUGCGCCCCGACAGAUACGUCAUUGUGGUGGAGCACGAUCUCAGUGUGCUCGACUAUCUCUCGGACUUCAUCUGCUGCCUCUACGGCAAGCCCGGUGCCUACGGGGUGGUCACGCUGCCCUUCUCCGUGCGAGAGGGCAUCAACAUCUUCCUGGCUGGCUUCGUGCCAACCGAGAACCUGCGCUUCCGAGACGAGUCGCUCACAUUCAGGGUUCCUCAAAGCACUCCUUUCCUCCCCUCCACUCCCUCUCCUCCGCCCGUGCCUCUUCUCCUUUCCCCCUCCCAUCAGGGGACGAAAACCCUGGUGGAUAAUCCUGAGGAGGGAGGCCAAGACGUACAGUCGGUUCGGUACAGGUAUUUGGGCAUGAUCAAGAAGCACGGCGGGUUCAACCUCCUCCUUCCCCUCCCUCACUCCAUUCUUUCACCCCCCUUCAUUCCAUCUCAGGUGGCUGAAACCCCGGUGGAUAAUCCUGAAGAGGCCAAGACGUACACGCGGUGGCUGAAACCCCGGUGGAUAAUCCUGAAGAAGCCAAGACGUACACGCGCUACAAUCGAUAACCCUGAAGAGGCCAAGACGUACACGCGCUACAAGUACCCGCGCAUGGUCAAGAAGCAGGGCGGAUUCAAGCUGACGGUGGAACCUGGUGACUUCACGGACUCACAGAUCGUGGUGAUGCUGGGGGAGAACGGCACCGGCAAGACCACCUUUAUCCGCAUGCUGGCGGCUCUCUCAAGGCCGGACCCAGAUGAGGAAACCGGCAAGGAGGCCCAAGAUCCAGACGAGGAGACCGGGAAAGAAGCUGAGGACCUCCCGGAGUUCAACGUGUCGUUCAAGCCGCAGAAGAUCAGCCGCAAGUUCCCCCUCUCAUACCCUCUCGCUGACCCGGACGAGGAGACCGGCAAGGAGGCCGAGGACCUCCCGGAGUUCAACGUGUCGUACAAGCCGCAGAAGAUCUCCCCCAAGUUCCCCCACAGCGUGCGCGCGCUGCUGCACUCCAAGAUCCGAGACUCGUUCCACCACCCGCAGUUCAACACCGACGUGCUGCGCCCCAUGCAGAUCGACCCGCUCCUGGACCAGGAGGUGGUGAAUUUGUCGGGUGGGGAGCUGCAGCGCGUGGCUAUUACCCUUUGUCUGGGAAAGAUCGACCCCCUGCUCGACCAGGAGGUGGUGAAAAUCUCAGGAGGGGAGCUGCAGCGCGUGGCCAUCACGCUGUGCCUUGGCAAGGUAAGGAAGGGGUGCAUCAAGUCCCUCUUGGGAUUUUAA